CUUACCAACGAGAGCGAAACACAAGUCCCGGUAAUUCUGCGAGACUCCUCCCCACCGAGGAGGGAGGAGGAGGAAAAAGGAUGCGAUCGCCUUUGCUCCCUGUUGGGAGUGGAUCACUCUCACCCUUCCUGGGGGUCUGUGCCACUUCCCAGAGAAGUCUGUUCCUCAUAAAAGCAGCAUUGCUGAUGCCAGGGGGUCUCUGGGACAUAGGAGCAUGUCUGUGGUUCUUCCCACCCUGCUGUAUCUUGGGGAUGUUUGCCAACAUCUUAUCUCAUGUGAGGAACGUGGGGAAAAUACUCUUCUCCUAUGAGGGUGUGAUGGAACCUUCUGCACAGCUGGGUGUCAGCCUGCAGCGCCUCCUGGAGCAGCUCGGCCAGCAUGAGCCGAGCCAGUUCAAGUCUCUCCUGAGGCCCCUUUCCCCGCAAGGUGAGUUACAGCACAUGCCUGCGACAGGCGUAAAGGAGGCUGAUGGGAAGCAACUGGCAGAAAUCCUCAGCAACCGCUGCCCCAGCCACUGGGUAGAGAUGGUGACCAUCCAGGUCUUCGACAAGAUGAACCGAACAGAUCUGUCUGAGAGAGCAAAGGAUGAGCUCGGGGGGCCUACACAAGUACGGGGAGAAGAUGUCACAAACCCAGAAGAAGCGAAGGAAGUUUUGAAAGGAGAAAAGCCAGGGAAACAGGAUAAAUAUGGAAGUAUUUUGCAAGAGAAGGUCCAGCAGAUCUGGAAGGAGAACUUUUGGCCUGCAGCCAGUGAAAACAUUCACACUGUCACCCAGAAAUACAAGACGCUGAUCCCAUCCUGUAAUCCUAAAAUGCUUGCAGGGCCAUUUCGGCACGUGGUGGUGCUGCACGGUCUCGUGGGCGUCGGGAAGACCACGCUGGCCAAGAAGUGCCUGCGGGACUGGACGCAGGACAACCUCGCGCGGCCCCGCCCCACCGCCUUCUCUCGGCUGCAGGACGCUCAGCCGCAGGGGAACGCGCUCCCUCGCGGAGCUGCUGGCCCACAGCGCCCUGGCCUCGCAGCACGCCCUUCCGCAGGUCCUCGCCCAGGCCCAGGAACUCCUGUUGGUCUUCGACUCUUUCAAGGAGCUGCGCGUGCCCUCGGGGCUGGGGGCGCUGGUGCGCGACCUGCGUGGCGACAGGAGGACGCAGAGACCAGCGCCUGUCCUCCUGGGGAGCUUGCUGAAGGGAAGUCUCCACCCCAUGGCUAGUGGUCACCACGCGACCCGAGGUCCUGAGCAAGCUGCAGCUGCUGCUGGAGCAGCCGCUCUUGGUGGAGAUGGAGGGGCUCUCAGAACGCGACAGGAGCGCGUAUUUCCGGCGACACUUUGCAGGGGAGGCGCAGGCGCGGCACGCUUUCCACCUGAUGCAGAGCAACGCGGCGCUGUUCCGCUUGGGCGCGGGCGCCCGCGGUGUGCUGGACGGUGUGCCCCUGUCUGCGGCUGCAGAUGCACCGGGGCGGGGACUCCCGCCCCACCUGCCAGACCGCCAGGGCGCUGCGGCUGCGCUUCCU